UAAUGGAACCUUUGAGAACAGCUGUUGUAGAAUAUGAUAAUAUUGAGGUGGUGACACGAUUUGAUGAGGUGGGGAAGUGUAGACUUACGUCCAGCUAUUAUAUUCUAUAUUGUUUGUAAUAACCGACAAGGCAACAAGGAGACGAAUAGUCAGAGUACUUCUACCGCUUAACGAGUUACUAUGUUCCUGAUUACAUUUUGGUUUGGCAUUGCCUAUCCGAUUCAUUACACAUUAGGUUGGGGUGGUGAACAUAGCGAUUUCCAGUUUUCGAUACCGUAAUACUGCAAGUUAACUCCGAAUAGAUGUGGAUCAAACCCUAAAAUACGGGAAAUUUCCGUUUCUUAACUUCCUUUGUUUGUGAGACACAGAACAUGUAAGACUGGCCCAAUUCCUUCACCGCUAGUUAUCCUCUACUUAAAACCAAUGUUUGGAAAACUCGAGUCACUGACUCGACCCGAGAUGAACUCAGCGAAAGGAUUCGACUCGAACUUGAUUCUAGACAUAGAUGGCUUGUGGUCCCGACUUGACUUCAGCCUCGGCGUUUAGAGAAUUUUAUCAAACAUCGCUUGAAACUCAGUAAUUCAAUAUCUUUCAAUUCAGUCGAGGUUCGAAUUGAAAAUGUAUAUUUUUUAAUAUGGUAUAGUUAACAUAAUACUUAGCAAUAAAAUCCUAAAACAAGUAUGCAACAACAAGAAAAUACAAAGACAAGAGUGUGUUCUUCGCCUCUACAUAUAUUACUGUAUGGAUUCACAAUUGUGUGCCUAACAUAUUCAAAAGCGUUUUGGGACUCGUGGCAUGGAACUACAGACAGUAGCACCGGGAACUUUUAUAAAUUAGCUUCGAAUAAACUGAAAGUUAUGUUGAAUAGACAAUAUGAAAACCAGUUUAAUAUUACAACGCCAGUAAAAGAAUUACAUUUAUGUGAUGUAGGUUGGGAAGUGGAAAAACUCGAACCAAAUUUGUACGAAUUACCACGGCAGGACUCUUCAAUAACUCACGAAAAAGGAUUUUUGACUCCAACAAAAUUGGUGGAACCGAUUUACGAUAAGCCAAUGUUCCAACUUAACCCGGAUAAAUUCUUUUUACCGGUUUUAGUUGGAGGACCGAACAAUCAAAUUAUCGGUUUUCAGGAUUCCUUAUUCACAGCGAUAAAACUGAAUCGAACGAUCGUUAUUCCGAAAUUUUUCAAGCAUUUCACAGACACCCAAGUGACAGCAUCGAGAGGAUUAAGUUACAUUUAUCCUGGUCACCGAGUAAACUGUGAGAUUCUUUGCAAAUUCAUUUCCUGCAUUACGUUAGAUCAAUUCCAAGAAGCAUGCGGACAUAAAGUAGAUGCAAUUACAAAUAUAAGAUCAAUCGAUGCAAAAGGAAUCGCUCAAUUAGAAGGAGAAUUUGGGAUGCAAAUAACCAGUAAUCUGGCAACAAAGGAAUCUGUCAGAAACGAAGUUCAUUUUGUUCCGAAUAAACUAUCUUCAGGAAAACUAAACACAUCAACGUUAACGGAGAAACUCUCUACCCCGGCUCGUUGUCUGAUACAUCCCAGACCUCUCUUUGACCUUGAUAUCAGAAUUGACAAAAAUUACGAAGAUCCCGGAAAACAAAAAGAUUCCGAUUUAAUGAAGCUUGUUAUUCAGCACACAAAACACCCAGAAUAUAUUUCCAAGAUUGCAGAACAAUUUGUCAAUUCCACUAUGAGAAACAGAAAUUUUUUAACCGUCCAUUGGCGCUAUAACGAAGGAGAUUAUUUGAAAAGGUGCCGCAACGACAUUGAGAAUUCGAAAAAUCCGCGUGGGGACAAAAGACUCGAAUUCUGCCAAAACGCUAUCAAUAUGAAAGCAGAUGGAUUAGCGAGCAGAAUUGAAAAUAAAAUUGAUUCCCUCCUGGAUGAAAUUGAUGUUACUGAUGUCUACAUUGCUUCACCUUAUAACGUUAGAAAUAUCGUUGCAGAGGUUUCAGGAAUACUCAAGCUAAAAAGGAACUGGCAAGUGACGUCAUCGACCGAUCUUGAAAAUUAUAUGGAAGAAAAAUAUCAGUCAUGUUCAGUAAUUCAAAAACAUCUUAAUGAUAUUCUUUCUACUAUUGAGAUGGAAAUCUGUGGACGCGGAAUCGUAUUUCUAAGUUCCGCACGAUCAACGUGGUCUUCAAAUGUUCGUUUUUCAAGAACAAUAAACAACGAUGCUGGAGUAUUUCCUAAAUACGAUGAAAAUGUAUUCUAACAAAACAGCGAGACUCAUAGAUGAACACUCACACUUCUUAGUUUUUCUCAACAGCUUGAAAAGCAUUAAUUGUUCAAGAAUUGUUUCUUUUCAUAUGGCCUGGAUCAGGGUUUUUCAAACUAUGGCCCACGGACCCCUGAGAGUCUGUGAUGACUGCCCAGGGGUCCACAACGAUCUUUAUUGAUUGUAUUCGAUCAAAAAGCCAUCUCUUUUUUUCAUUGCUGUCAGAAAGCAAUCAAAAUGGUUAGGCACAGAAAUUGAAACGGCAUAGGAAGAGGAUCCGCCAAAAAUCCCAAAAAAAUUCACAUAUUGGGGUCCGCUUUGAAAAAAGUUUGGGAAACCCUGACCUGGACUGUUUGAUUGUAGUCCCAGUGCUGAGAUUGUUGAGCCGCUGCAUGGCAGUGCGGGGUCAUUGUAUUGCGCAACCGGUUUUCCUCGCUUGCAAUUUUACCAAAUUUAAAACACGCUAUUUAACAAUUUUUUUCGUUAGCUUUAUUCCAGUUCGAAUUUUUGAUUUUCACGAUACGUAAACUUUGCAUUUUUGUGGUAGAAAAGCGAUUUUUUUUUUAGUUUUAAAAUGAAGUGCACAGCAAUUAAUUUGGUUAUGUAUAUACUUAACAGCACUACCGCGGUUUCAUGGCGAAGGAGGAUUUCAAUAUCAAAACGUGAGAAGUAGUAAAACCUUUAACUAUGUUUUUGUGUCACCGUCUAUGCAAUGAUUAAUUUUGCAUUUCCGGUUCAAAAGAUCAUAUUUUUGAGUUUGGAAACAUUAAGGAAACGGAGUCUGAUAUAUAACAUAUAUGCAACAGUUAGCAAAAUCGAGAGAAAUGGUGAAAACUUUUUUUGUGUUGCAGUGUUCAAUGGUGAAUUUUGUGUUUAACACAAGCGUCAUUACAUUCAUACUACUGAUGUAAAAAAGAAACAAUUUUUAUCAAAUAAAUAAAAAAUGGACAUUUCAAAA